CACGUUUGGAGAUCGGUCACGUGAUCAUAACGUCACUACUUGCGGCCAUUCGCAACUAGGAACUAGCGCUACCAACGUUUAAGGGACUGCGGGCUGUGUAAAGAAAAUGAUGAGAAAAGCGGUAUUGUUGGGCGGAUGCACUUUGGUUGCUGUUCACUAAAAGUGAAAAUGGAUGCCACUUUACCAGAUCUGCCUAGCCUAGAAAUGAAGGAAAGCCAUAAUGAUGAAGAUAAUUCUAGAGCUGCUUCAGAAACCAGCAACGGGCAGCCAGUCUCUUCUAGAAAUUCCAGUGAAGGAUCAAAUUCACCAGCUGAAACUGGCUCUGAAGCAGAGGGAAAUCUUCCAGGGCAGAGUGAAAACACGGACAGUGAACUCUUGGAAACGCCAGAUUUAUUUGAUGAUGAUGAUGAAAGCGUAACUGGAGAAACAAAAAAGAACGAUAUUUGCAAGAAAGUGCUGGCAAAAUAUAUGUGUAUGGUGUGUGGCAAAAUGUUUUAUAGGAAACCAGAUUAUACAGUGCAUCAAAGAACACACACUGGAGAAAGACCGUAUUCAUGUACCGUUUGUGGGAAAAGGUUCACACAAAGCUCCAGCUUAGCUCGACACCUUCGAGUUCACUCUGAAGUAAAACCUUUCAUGUGCACUGACUGCGGCAAAAGCUUUAGCCAAAAUUCGCAUCUAGUUACACACCAGAGAAUUCACACAGGUGAAAGGCCCUACAGUUGCAAUGAAUGUGGAAAAUCUUUUAGUGGUAGCUCAAAUUUGGUGAAGCACAAAAAAGUUCAUGCGGGAGAGAAAUCUUGGCACUGCCCAGGAUGUGGGAAAAGCUUUACUUGUAGCUCACAGCUCCGUACACAUCUUCGGGUACAUACAAACGAAAAACCAUAUGCAUGUGAAAUAUGUGGAAAAUGUUUCAGCAGUAGUUCUAACCUGGUAACUCAUCAGAGAGUUCAUACCGGGGAGAGACCUUAUAGCUGCACAGAAUGUGGAAAGAGAUUUACUCAGAGCUCAAGCCUUGUAGUUCACUGGAGAGUCCAUACAGUAGAAAAGUUGUUUACAUGUUCAGACUGUGGAAAAAGCUUUAGCCACAAUUCUCUUCUCAUCAAGCACCAGAAAACUCACACUGAAGAGAGGCCCUACGUUUGCAUGGAGUGUGGGAAGGGUUUUACUGGCAGCUCAGCUCUUGUUAGACACCAGAGAGUCCAUACAGAAGAGCGGCCUUAUACAUGCAGUGAAUGUGGGAAGAGGUUUAAGGACAAGUCGAGUCUUGUUAGGCACAGUAGAGUGCAUAGUGAGGACAAGCCUUAUGCAUGUGCUAGCUGUGGGGAAACUUUCAACGAUGGCUCUAAUCUUUUAGAACAUCUCAGGACCCAUACCGAUGAAGAGACUGUAACAAGUUAAUUAAUUACAUACUUGUAUUUGGGCAUUUCUCUCAAACCCUUUAAUUAGGUUAUUAAAAACACAAGGACAGAAUUGCACAGUAGACAGUUUUUUUGACCCAAGGACAGCAUUGCACUGUAGAGAGAAUUUUUUUUUAGAAUUGAACGGCAAUAAAUAUCAUCUCUCAA